GUCAGUUACAUUUUGAUAAUCAAGUCUAACAAGUCUAAACAUGAAGGUUCUGCUCCACUUAGUUUUUAUUCUGGUCUUGUGCACGGCAUGGAUCAACGCUCAAGAUACUUGUGGAGGGCGGUUCAAGAUGUGUCAUUUGGCCAAGGCUUUGGCCAUAUAUCAAAUUAAGAGGGAUGCCGAUCCCAGCGUUUGUACCCGAGCUUGCCAAUCAAGCAGAUUUCGAUCCCAAACCAAGUACAUUACGAUGUUCAACCACGGGUCCAGCAAAACCUACUGCGCUUGUCUUCCGGCCUGCCAAAUGCAUGACAUCAACAACCGUAGGCUCAACCCUUAUGCCGGCGUUUUUGAAAAUAAGAAGAGCAAUGAUGUCUCAAAUGUGUGUUAAAGGAGAGAGGUUGCUGUUGUUUUUUGUCAUGUA